UUAAAAAUGACGAAACUGGAAAGGAGCUCUUUCUAAUGAAUGAAAAGUAUAAAAAUUCAGAAAGCUAUCUUCUGUUUUCUGUUUUUAUCUGCAUUCUUUCUUCAUUCUUCAUCAAACGGGCUUUCAAAUACUGAUUUUGAAGGGGAAACUGAACUUUGAAUAAUAGCUUCAAACUUAGCAAUAACUGUGAGUUUUCAUUUCAAUCAGCUUGUUUGGAGGAAAUGAGUGUGGAAAAUCCGUGGGUUCCUGUGACCCCAGUUAAACCCCCUUUGAGAAGACCAUCGCAUGGAGAAGAAAAUCAACAGAAAUCAGGUGGGUCUACUGAAGAAACUGAAGCUGAAGCUAAAAAAAUACAUGCAUGUUUAAAUACUGCUAAUUUGGUGGCAUUUGAGAAUGGGCAAAUUUUGGUGGUGGAUUUGAGUGAGAUGAAAAUGGUUCAGAAUGAGGCAAAUUGUUGUUCCAGUUCUUCUUCUUUGGAGAAAGUAGUGUCCGUUUCACAGGGUGAACUUUCUAGCAAGACCAUCCCCCAUUUUGUACCCCCGACACCAGAUAAGAGGACAAAUGUGGAGCUCAAACAGGUAGUUGAUGUUCAAAGCACACUAGCAGGAGAAAAAAGAGAUGAGGAAGGCCAAGAACAAAAUUGUAAGACUGUCAGUAGAAGAACAGAUGAGGAUGGCCUCCAGCAGGAAGUUUGUGAGCUAGCCUUGGAUUCAUCUUGUGCUUCGGUGUUAACACCGAUUAAGUUUAAAGACAACUCUAACAAGGACAUUGAUAUCACUGUAAAUGAAAUAACGAAGUUGAAGCAAUAUAAAAGAAAGCACAGGCCCAAGGUAAUGGGAGAAGGCAAACCAAGAACAUCAAAACCAGCCACUCAAAGAGCUGCCAAUUCCCAAGAAAACCUGACAACUAAAAGGAAGUAUGUCCGAAAGAAGGCAUCCGACCAAUCCCUGGAAAACCCUCUUGAACCAGGAGCUCUUAAUCCGGUCACUCCAGCUGGUUCUAAGGAAAAUUCAAGAGGUCUAAGGACAUACACUCGAAAGCGUGGUGUCAACACAACAGAAACAGGAGUGUCAAUUGAUAGGGAAGAGCGAAAACGAGGUAGAAAAACAUGCAGGAAGAGUUUAAAAUUUGACAAUGAAGGAAAACAGAAAGAUGAAAACUCUUUGUUCAAGUCCUCAUCCAACGCUUCAGAAUCUCCCGUGCAUCUUCUAACUACUGGAAGUUAUCAAUCAUAUUCAGUACUGAAGCAGUGGAAUGAAAAUGACACAAUGUUUGACCACAGACAAGCUGAUAUGUUAUAUGACCCAAAUCCUUCAAUGAAGCAUCAACCGGAAGGUUGCAGAUUCCUUUCUGAAAGUCAGGUAUUGAUAGUUGAUAUACCAAUUGAACAUAGCUCUUCCCAGAUAAAACUUCAAAGUAAUUAUCAUGAAAAUGAGAGAGGGAUGGGGAGGGCCAGUUCAACUAAUCAUUUGUUAUCAAGUUCAGAAGAUCUAUUCUGCAGUGGUACAACCAUCUCAUCCGAGAGAAAAGAAGCAAGGGGUUUAAAGAGAAAAUAUUGUCAAAAUAUCAAACAAGAUGAUAUCGGAAGUUUUGAUUUAAUUGAGGAAUUUUAUAACUCGAUCUAUGCAUCUCAGAUGCCACAGACAGAGUACUUUUCUAAAGAGAAUACUGAUAAGGUGCAACAUUCUGGCCCAUCUAGCACAUAUUUUAAUAUUACUGGACAGGCAUGCAAAGUGAGUAGCUCAAAGGAAAAUUCUUGCACAUCAAAAGUGCGCUACCGGCUACCUAGACCUCAGAACCAUAGUUCUUUAUUUCCAAGGAUACAAGGAGGAUCAGUGAGUCCCAAUAAAUUACAACCCUUUGAGUCCAGUUUGGCCACAAGUCAGAUGGAGAUGACACACAGGAGAUGCAAUGCUCAAGAUCAUGUUUGGACUCUGGGUUCAUGGUCGCAUCAUUGCAACAUGCAGUCAAAAUAUUCCCCCAAACGACCACCAGUGAUUACUGAUCUUCAAAGAGCUGAGAGUUCUCACAGACAGCACCCAUCCUCGGGUGCCCAUGUUGCCAAGAUCAAGAUGCAAACAACAGUAUCGAGGAAAAAACAAAAAGCAGGUCCUCAUACUUCUUACAAUAUGGAUGGAGCAGAGCAGCACCCAAAGCUUGCAUUAUAUAGUCACCGCAAUACUUCCCAAUUGCCUCCAGAGUCUCUAUCAGAAAUAAAUUCAGGAUUGAAGCUUUCUAUCAACGCCAUGGUUGAGGAAAUGAAGGUUCUAGACAUUAACCGAGAAGGAAACAUAUCAUUACAUGAGAAACAGAAUGAAAUAGUACUUUACAACAUGCAGAACGAAGGUCACAAUGCACUUGUUGUGUAUAGAGGAGAUGGCUCUAUAGUACCAUUUGAAGGUUCUUUGGAUCCUGUCAAAAAGCGAAGACGAUAUGCUAAAGUUGAUCUUGAUGGAGAGACAAUUAGAGUCUGGAAGCUAUUGAUGGACAAUUCCAAUAAGGAACUUGUUGAUGGAUCAAAUGAAGCUAAGGACAAAUGGUGGGAGGAAGAAAGAAGUGUUUUUUCUGGACGAACAGACUCAUUUAUUGCAAAGAUGCAUCUAAUUCAAGGAGACAGAGGCUUUUCUCAGUGGAAGGGAUCAGUUUUAGACUCAGUGAUCGGAGUUUUUCUCACUCAGAAUGUCUCAGAUCAUCUUUCCAGCUCGGCAUUUAUGUCACUUGCUGCACGUUAUCCCUUAAAAUCUAAAAGCCUCCACGAGUCAAGUGUUGAUGAACAGACAAGCUUAAUACUCAAUGAACCACAAGUUAAUUUGUGCAAAGCAGAAGAUAGUGUAACAUGGGCAAAACAGAUUUCAAAUCAACCAAUUUGUAAACAGAGUUGCUUGACCGUGUGUGAAAUUGACCAAGCUGAAGAAAAUUUUCUCACCAGCAGCGAUUCUUCAGGAAGUAAUACAACUGGGGUUACCUCUAUGCAUGAAUACCAGUGCUCACUUACGUCUUAUAGUAGUGAAAAAAUAGGUGAAUUGGAAGAUAGAAGAUCAACAACAGAAAUAAAUACUACAGUAGAAGUGUGUUCUUUGGGAGACGAGAAGACUGCAGAUGCUGCAAUAUCACGUCAAAAGUCCGUUGUUUCUGAACAUUCUAUAAAUUCUCUUUGUUCUCUAUCAAUUGAAGAUGGAAUACCCUGCUUGAAUAGCAACUGUGGAAAAGAUCUGUCAUCAAAAGAUAUUUGUGCCAUUGGGUCUGCUUCAUCUGCGGAGGUCAUACAGGUCAUAGAAACAAAUAAACUUAAGUCAGACUCUAAUAUUGCCAGUGGUAAUGACUCAUGGGAUGAGAAGUCCGAGGGUACUUGUAGUACGUCUGAAGAGAAGUAUGUUUAUCAAAGAGAAAACAAUGGAAGUCCAGAUUCUCCUAAAAAGCUUUUAAAAGAAUCCCCUAGUCGACCAAGUAAUCAAUUGCAGAAAACUUCAAACUCAGGAGUUACAGAAGUAGAGUGCUUUAAACUGUGCAGAGAAGUCACCCCAUUUUCUUACGUAUACAAAAGACGGGAUGUAUAUGAUACUAAUGAGCAUUCACAGACACUUAAUCUGGUAUCCCAGACUACUGUUGUUAACACCAACAACGUUCAAGCAAAAAGACAUUCUAGAGAAUUGUGCAGUCUCGAUCAAAGCGAUCACGAUGUGAUAUUUCAGGCCGACGGAAGAUUGAUUGAAGUGCCCUAUGGUGUUGAAUUACAGGCUUCAAUGAGCCACCAGAACAUACAUAAAACUCUGCCAAAUUCCUUGAUUGAUAGUUCUCUUGAUGCUACCUGGAAGACGGAAGAACCAGCUCAAAAUAACCAUGGCCAUUCACUUAGUAGUAAGUUGAAUGAUCCAAAAGCAGACACUCUUAAACCAAACAGAGAACGAGUUAAAAAGGAGAAAAGAGUUGGUGUUGAUUGGGACAUCCUUAGGAAACAGGUGGAGGCGACUGGAAGGAGAGAGAGAACUAAAAAUACAAUGGACUCACUGGAUUGGGAAGCUGUAAGAUGUGCGGACAUUGAUGACAUUGCUUACACCAUCAGAGAACGAGGGAUGAACAACAGGCUUGCAGAAAGAAUUAAAGAUUUUCUUGACCGUCUGGUGAAAGAUCAUGGAAGCACCGAUCUUGAGUGGUUAAGGGAUGUUCCGCCUGAUCAAGUAAAAGAGUAUUUACUCAGCAUAAGGGGAUUGGGAUUGAAAAGCGUGGAGUGUGUACGCCUUCUUACCCUGCAGCAGGUUGCUUUUCCGGUGGAUACUAAUGUUGGACGCAUAGCUGUAAGAUUAGGAUGGGUACCUCUUCAGCCACUUCCAGAAUCACUGCAAUUGCAUCUUUUGGAGUUAUACCCAGUUCUUGAAUCCAUUCAAAAGUAUCUCUGGCCUCGACUGUGCAAGCUUGACCAAAGAACACUGUAUGAGCUGCAUUACCAAAUGAUUACUUUUGGAAAGGUCUUCUGCACAAAAAGCAAACCAAAUUGCAAUGCUUGUCCAAUGAGAGGAGAGUGUAGACAUUUUGCCAGUGCUUUUGCGAGUGCGAGGCUUGCACUUCCAGCGCCAGAAGAAAAGAGUUUGAUUAAUGCGACUGAAGGAAAAGCUGGCAUAAACCAGGCUGUAGUUGUUCAUCAACGACGGUUGGCUCUCACUCAGGAAUCAGAGCCAAUUGAAAGUAAUCAGCAGUUAAUCAGCGUGAAAUCUGGAGGAAGUAACGAGGAUCCCAUUAUUGAGGAACCCGCGACACCAGAGCCAGAAUGCCCACAGGUUUAUGAAAAUGAUAUUGAGGAUACAUUAUACGAAGACCCUGAUGAGAUUCCUACAAUAAAGCUUAAUAUUGAAGCAUUCACUAAGAACGUACAGAAUUACAUGCAAGAAAACAUGGAACUUCAGGAAGGUAGCAUGUCAAAGGCCCUUGUCCUCUUAAGUCCAGAAGCAGCAUCGAUUCCCAUGCCCAAGCUUAAAAAUAUCAGUCGACUGAGAACAGAACAUCAAGUUUACGAACUUCCAGACUCCCAUCCUCUUCUAGAAAAGUUACAGUUGGAGAGGCGUGAACCUGAUGAUCCAUGCUUCUACCUUCUUUCCAUAUGGACACCAGGAGAAACAGCAAAUUCUGUCGAACAACCACAUACACAUUGUAGUUCUCGAGAAAGUGGCGGAUUCUGUGGAGAAAAAGAAUGUUUCUCAUGCAAUAGUGUUAGAGAAGCUGAUUCCGAAGUGGUUAGAGGAACACUUCUGAUCCCAUGUCGAACAGCAAUGAGAGGAAGCUUUCCGCUUAAUGGAACUUACUUCCAAGUUAAUGAGGUAUUUGCUGAUCAUGAUUCUAGCCUUAACCCAAUUAAUGUUCCUAGGAGUUGGUUAUGGAAACUCUCAAGGCGCACAGUGUACUUUGGUACAUCCAUACCAACAAUAUUCAAGGGUUUAUCGACAGAAGAGAUUCAAGGUUGCUUCUGGAAAGCGGGAAUGGCCAUAAUGCAAAGACCAUUUUCUUUGAACCAUGGAGCCAAAGCAAGUAUGUGAGGAUCUGGAUUGAACAUUUCAUCCAUUAGUGGGGAUUGUAGUCAUACCAACGAGCAUCAAGAGGCUCAUCAUAGGAUUAAGGAUUAGGAUAGUCACGAGGGUUCGGUAAAGGGCUAGAUUGGUAAAGAUCGGUGUUGGCAUCCGAUGGUAGAGCUAUGAGUAUUUAACACCCGGGCAAAAAUUUGUUUUUGGAGGAAAAGAUGUAUGACAAAAUGGUCCCUUGAAGGUGACAAAAAUAUCAGAUGAAGAGAUUAGAUGGGGACAAAAAUGCAAGACAAAAUGUUUCCUUGAAUGCGACAAAAAUACCACUUCCACAAAUUUGCUGCUGCUAAAAAGGGAAAAUUUGUAUCACGGAAAUUCUUAAUGCACAAACAAAAGCUUGCUCUUGGGCAGUGUGAUUGAGGCUGAAUUUACAAAACAGCAGCGCAACAGAUUGAUGGGGAUCCCAUCAGCAAUGACCAAUGCAUCGGAUUAGAAGCUUCCUUUAUAGAGAAGAAAUUUGGUUCAGUUAAAGCAUUGGGCACCAAUAAGUUACCCGGACUAUAUGGUUUCACAGUCAAGUACUUAUCAUGGAACAUAGUCAAGCCCAACCUAAUUAUAGCAUUCCGAGAUUUUUUUCAGAAGGCUAUCAUCAAUUUUUAUUCAAAUGAAACGUACAUUUGCCUCGUACCAAAAGAAUUGGAUGCUAGAAGAGAUAGUAGACCUAUCAGCUUCAACACUUGCCUAUGCAAGAUUACUGCUCAUGUUUUAUCAAACCGUCUCAAGACGUCCUCUCAACAGGCAGAAAUAUACUUUCUGGGCAUGGAUACUUGGGGCGUCCUCUCAAUAGGCAGAAAUAUAAUUUCUGGGCAUGGAUACUUGGGGCUUCCUUUAUAUGGCAAACUCUCUUCUAUAUCCUUUUGGCAGUCUAUUGUGGACAAGAUUCACAAUCAUUUAUCCAUCUUUGUUUCAAAUUCUAGUUUAUGUGGCAGAUUGCAUUGAAAGAAGCUUCGUAGUCACAGUUUAAAUUUCCUUGUAGCGUUGGAGAAAUCUUUUGUAUUCCCUAUAAAUGGGCUCCUUUUGUAUCUUCGGGAUAUUUCAUUCAAUCAAAGAAAUUUUUUUUAACUAUGUGAAGAAAAUGACUAUUUCUCCCAAUUUUUUUCAUCCUUUGUUUACACAAGUUACAAGGUCAAUUCCUUAUGCUUCAACGGUAAAAUAUUUGGAACUCCUGAAAAGUUUUCUUAUUUUGAUUUCUAUACCUUGAAAUUUAUUUCAUUUGGGAAUGCUUGAACUUUUAAAAGAGUUCGUUUUCUGCUAUUAAUUUUUUGUUAAUUGUCUAACAUAUGGAUAAUAUGGGAUGUGUGUCAGUUAACAUGGGGACGGACAUUAGGUGGCUGAGUAUUGAGAGCCUCUUUAGUUAAGUUGAGCUACAUCAUUGUAGAGAAGAGAGAUAUGUUUGAUAAAUUAAAUAGGAGAAUCUCCCCACAAAAGUAGGUUUCUAGUUUCCGAAGAAAUGGGCAAAUGGUCUGAGAAUACUGACCUAGGAGGCUUAAAACUAAACGAAAAAUGUUGCUGCAAAUUCAACCAAGCAAAUUCGAUUGUUUAAAACCAUUACUAUGAGGCCAAAUGAGUCAAUUAGCUGAUAAGAGUUAUCUUUGUGCUUGUUGUUCCCCUUUUUAUUUUUUGUUCUUUAUCCGUGAGUGUUCGGGCCAGCGCCACCUGAUCCUGUAACAUUUGUCAACAUUUGGAUGUCAAGGUCAACCCACCCAACCCUGCAACACUUGUGUUUUCUUUUUAUAUUUGUGCUCCCUCUUCCAUCUCUAUCAAGUUUUCGUGAGACCACUAAAUUAUGUUAAAAUGACCUGAAGCACAAAGGGCCUUGGAAGUGGCCAAAGAGGCCAACAAAUUCUGCCAAAAGUACCCCUCUCUCUCUAAAACCUUGGUGGGUCAGAAAAUAUUAGAGAUCCAAGCCUAAAAAAGAUCCCUUCAAUUCUUGUUCAUUCCACAAGGUCUGGUCUGCAAACCUCUAAAUUCCCCCAUUAUUCCAGAGAAGGACCAACUGCUAUCAUUAGAACUCCAUACUUCACAUUCUUCUAUCCACAUUCAAUUCCUAAUACAAUCUCUUUGUGUAUAUAAAGAACCCAACUUUCAUAAAUGGAAGUAGAACACGAGGUCAUAAACCAGAAACCAAGCACAACUAAACUGAAAACCAAAAUCUAAAAAUCCAAAAAUCUACAUAAAGGAACUUCAACUUUUGGCGAUCAAGAAAAAAAAAUUAAUACAUUCUCUAACCACUCCUUGUGUAGUUAGAUAAAGAAGCCAGAAUCAUGUGUACUAAAAAACUGUUCCUUUAGGGACAUCUGAGAAAUUUGGAACGAUGUGAGAUAGAAGUAUGUGGAGCAUCCUUAUCGAAACUUUCCACAACCUGACAUCGAGUGCCUUUAGUCAUUAGCUUAACCUCAAGACUCUCUCUCAAGCUAUACAGAAGAGGAUAACACACUCUGUAUUUCUCACAAUUGGAU